AUGACCAGCACAGCACAAUUGAACAGCGUAGAAUUAACCGAGCGCACGGAUGUGUUCACAGCCAGAGGUGAUUCGCCCGAUGCACCGACCGAGGGAGUUAGUUUGGCGUACCCCGAAGGGGGCCGCGAGGCAUGGACAUGCCUGCUUGGAUCGGCUUUGAUCAUGUUUCCAUCGUUCGGAUUUCAGGCUUCUAUUGGCUCUGUACAGGAUUACCUGUCGGUCAACCAGCUCGCGGACCACACUGUCAGUGAAGUUGGUUGGAUAACCGCCGUCCUCAUCUUCUUGACUCUCUUCAUGGGCGUGCAAAUCGGUCCCCUGUUCGACCGAUAUGGGCCGCGGAUGCUCCUUAUUUCUGGAUCGGUCGCUAGUUUCGCUUCGUAUAUCCUGCUCGCCGAGUGUACGCAGUACUGGCAUUUCAUGAUUUGCCUUGGUGUGUUUGGUGGCUCUGCAGCCGCAGUGAUCACCACGGUAGCAAUCGCUGUCCUGAGCCAUUGGUUCUAUCGGCGACGGGCCCUGGCCUCAGGACUGUGUAUGGCAGGCUCCUCUGCGGGAGGCGCAAUCCUGCCGCUGCUGUUGCGUCACCUGUUCCCCACAUAUGGUUGGAAGUGGACAAUUCGAGUGAUCGCCUUUAUCGCACUGGUUUGUUAUUCCGCCGGGACCGCUCUUGUGAAAGGACGGCUUCCACCAAGUCCACUCAAUCGCGCCACCAUCGAUGUCCGAGCGUUCAAAUCCCCGCGACUGGGUUUCCUUGCACUCGCUGUCUUCGCAUUCGAAUUUAUCAUUUUCGGCUGCGCUGCCCUGGUCCCGACAUAUGUCCGCUAUGCUGGGCUUGCCGGUAACACACAGUUUUAUUCCCUGACCCUGCUUAACAGCAUGAGUUUGGUCGGCCGCGUUGUCCCUGGCUUUCUCGCGGACCUCGUUGGCCGCUUCAAUAUACUCCUCUCGCUUGUUAUAAUGACACUGCUCGUCAUGGCAACCGUGUGGAUUCCCGUCGGUUCGCGCAGCGAAUCCACUUUGUACGCCGUCGUCGCAAUCUUCGGCUUCGGAUCGGGAGGAUGGAUCUCUCUUGCGCCCGUGUGCGCGGGACAGUUGUGUCGGACGGAGGAGUACGGCCGGUUCUAUAGCACGUUGUAUUCGGUCGCGGCGUUCGGGGCGUUGUUGACGGUUCCCAUCGGCGGCCAGCUGUUGCAGUCAACGACGCCGCAGAUCUUGAUUGGGUUUUAUUCUGCGGUGUUGGUGGUGGGGUUGACGGGGGUGGUGUUAUCUCGAUGGGCGAUUUUGGAAUGGAAAUGGAGGUGGAAGGUGAAGGUUUGA